GGUUUCCUCUUCAAGUAGGUUUAAAACAUUUUUUUUCUCACUAACUUCCUUCCUGUUCUAACUGCUAGUACUGAGAAGUCAGAGUUGAGAGGCAGAAGCACUCCGGACAGAGACCUGAAGCACUGAAGAUCAAGAUGACCGAAAAGGAUCCAGAGCCACAUCUGGAAGAGGGUGAUGAUGACCUGGACAGCAAGCUCAAUUACAAACCUCCACCUCAGAAAUCCCUGAAAGAGCUACAGGAGAUGGACAAAGAUGAUGAAAGUCUAACAAAGUACAAGAAAACCCUGCUUGGAGAUGCUCCUGUGGUAGCAGAUCCAACAGUCCCCAACGUGACUGUCACCCGGCUCAGCCUGGUUUGUGAUAAUGCACCAGGACCAAUCACAAUGGACCUUACUGGGGAUCUUCAAGCCCUCAAAAAACAAGUCUUUGUGCUAAAGGAAGGUAUUGAAUACAGAGUGAAAAUUAACUUCAAAGUGAACAAAGAUAUUGUAUCAGGCCUGAAAUAUGUUCAGCAUACCUACCGGACUGGGAUGAAAGUGGAUAAAGCAACAUUUAUGGUUGGCAGCUACGGGCCUCGGCCAGAGGAGUAUGAGUUUCUCACUCCAGUUGAGGAGGCUCCCAAGGGCAUGCUGGCCAGAGGCACAUACCACAACAAGUCCUUCUUUACCGACGAUGACAAGCAGGACCAUCUCACCUGGGAGUGGAACCUGUCCAUUAAGAAGGAAUGGAAUGAAUGAGUUCAUCUGCCUAUCCCUCCCUCCCCUUGCCACCUGGAACAACCGUCUCAGCCAUGUUGACAUCCUGUCACCUUCCCUUCUCCAUCACCCCCCACAUUCCUUAUUGAUGCAUCUUAUUCCACCCUGUCCCUCAAAGUGGUCCCCUCACACCAUGAGGCUUAUAACCAGGCUUUAACCCCACCUGCUCCCUCUGACCCACAAUUAGGGCAAGAUCUUCUAAGUUCUCCUUCUCAUUUAACGUUGUCCCCUCUUCUUCCCAUUCGAGUAACUAGAGGCUAGAAAAUGGACAAACUUUCACUAACAGUUUCUUUGUCUUGGGGUUCCUUAGCUUGUUCCCAUCCCUGAAAUCUUUUAUGGUUGCUGCUGGCUCAAUGCAUUCCUUCUCACAUUCCCCACCAGGUUACGGUUCUUCUUUUGUGGGAGACAUUGUAAGGAACACAAGAGAGUAAGAAUAAAACAACUCUAUGUUCUGACUGAAACCCUCAUUUCCCUGCUUCCUGCCUUCAAACAAAUAUGAUAACCAGAGGUUCACAUUUUGAGUUCCCUGGGAGCUGGAAAAAGGGAACGGUACAAGGGGUAUUUACGCCCUUGCCAACAGAUCAUUACAGUAUAAAAGGCAAUGUGUGUUCAGAAUAAAGACAGUGAAAAACCUAAAUGUAAUUUCUUGUGUGACAUUUUCUUAUGAGUUUCUUCUAAGCUUGAGGGCUAUGAUCCCACCACUUAUGGAAAUAUCACCUUGGAAUUGAUUUGCGGGCCAAAUUAAGUGAUGUGUCUCUUCUGCUUUUUCAGCGGACUCCAAUCACCUAAAGAAUGAAUUUGAAACCCCUAUGCUUAGCUCAUUAUAUAAGGGCCAUUGCAAAUUGGCUCCACAUGCUUUUCUACCCUCAUUGAUCAUUCUCUUC